AUACCUCUUUCCGGUUUCUUUUUUUAUACUGUGUUAUGCUUGUUCGGGUAGCACUCCUCACAGGCCGUUUUUUUUUUGUUGGUGAGAUGAACCUGCCAAAACUCUGAAAGCUGUCUGGCUCCAUAAAAAAGUGUCUGGAGAAAUUCACAAAGGAAGAUGGCGGUGCAAGAGACAGCUGCCCAACUCUCCAUGGCUCUGAAGGUUCAAGAAUAUCCCACUUUGAAGGUACCAUAUGAAACUCUGAACAAGCGCUUCAGAGCUGCACAGAAGAACAUUGACCGGGAGACGAGUCACGUAACCAUGGUGGUGGCGGAGCUGGAGAAGACCCUCAGCAGUUUCCCAGUGGUGGAUUCUGUGGUGUCCCUUCUGGAUGGGGUGGUGGAGAAGCUCAAUGCCCUGAAAAGAAAGGCUGCUGAGUCCAUCCAGGCUGAGGAUGAGAGUGCUAAGCUGUGUAAGCGGAGGAUUGAACACCUGAAGGAACAUAGCAGCGACCAGCCAGCAGGUGUCAACGUCUGGAAGAAGAAACGAAUGGACCGCAUGAUGGUAGAACACUUGCUGCGGUGUGGCUAUUACAACACAGCAGUCAAACUGGCACGGCAAAGUGGCAUCGAGGACCUGGUCAACAUUGAGAUGUUCCUCACAGCCAAAGAGGUGGAGGAGUCACUGGAGCGACAGGAAACAGCCACCUGUUUGGCCUGGUGCCAUGACAACAAGUCACGCCUCCGCAAGAUGAAGAGCUGCUUGGAGUUUAGCCUGCGAAUCCAGGAGUUUAUUGAGCUCAUCCGACAGAACAAGCGCAUGGACGCUGUCAGACAUGCACGGAAGCACUUCAGCCAAGCAGAGGGGGGUCAGCUGGACGAGGUGCGGCAGGUGAUGGGCAUGCUGGCGUUCCCCUCAGACACCCAUAUCUCCCCUUAUAAGGAUCUCCUGGACCAAGCCCGCUGGAAAAUGCUGAUCCAACAGUUCAGAUAUGACAACUACAGAUUACAUCAGCUGGGCAACAACUCUGUGUUUACCAUCACACUCCAGGCUGGCUUGUCUGCUAUCAAAACUCCUCAGUGCUAUAAGGAAGAUAGCACCUCUAUAAACCCAGACUGCCCUGUGUGCAGCAAGUCCCUGAACAAACUGGCCCAGCCCCUGCCAAUGGCACACUGUGCCAACUCCCGUCUGGUGUGCAAAAUCUCUGGGGAGGUGAUGAACGAGAACAACCCACCCAUGAUGCUGGCCAACGGCUAUGUGUAUGGUUACAAUUCUCUUCUAUCCAUUCGCCAAGACGACAAGGUGAUCUGCCCCAGAACCAAAGAAGUCUUCAACUUCUCCCAGGCUGAGAAGGUGUACAUCAUGUGAUGGGGUAGAUACUGGAUCUCAUGUGAUAGAUACACCUCCUCUACUAUGACCGCCUUGUCCAGUGUGAGUGCAGUGGAGCCUCCAGCCCCCCCCCCACCGACCUGCCAACCCUGCCUCCCACUAUGGAGAAUAGGCCCAAAAUCAUCUUGGGCAGAUUUGUGAAACCGGACUAAUUAACAGACUUUUGUUUUUAAAGUGUUGAUGUUUUUACUUUUAAUUAACCUAUAGUCCAACCGGCAGUGUGGCGCGUUAUAACUCGGUAUUGCUCCAAUAUGAUAAGAGGAGCUUCUCUUUUGCCUUUUUACCUUAGUUAAAUCAGACUUACUUAAAUCAGAAUUACAGGCUGAUCACCUUGGUGUUUGCUACAUGAUGGCACUCAUUUCAUGAUGUGCACAAUUUACAUAAUUUCGGUGUAGCUGUGUGUGGGGGGGGGGGGGG